CAGUUCGCGGGCUACCCUUCCACUUCCACUCGCUGGCGAUAGCACCGCACCGGAGCAUAUGCUCUCCGCAGCCGCCGCCGCCGCCGCCGACGCGAGCUUCCAUGGCGGAGCUCCCCGACGAAGAAGACCGCGGCUACGCUCCUGCCUCGCGUCCCCGCCGGCAUCCGGUGGAGGAGGAGGAGACUGCCGCGAGUCCGAAAAAGCGAGACGUUUGCUCGUGGAGAGAUACCAGGAUGGGGUUUCCAAGAGGUAUAUACUGGAUGGAAACUCUAAGCUACAGAUUCACCAGGAGAAGAAUGAACAUAUGGCGAACACAUUGGAAGAAGAAGAAAAAGAAGAAGCAAAUUCUUCGAUUCCCCGUGCUAUUAAGGAUUUUGUACUUCCCGCGGGGUUUCCAGGGUCUGUGUCAGACGAUUACCUGGAAUAUAUGCUAUGGCAAUUACCAACAAAUGUAACAGGAUGGAUCUGUCACACGCUGGUUACAUCAACCCUUCUAAAGGCUGUAGGUGUUGGGUCCUUUACAGGAACUUCAGCAGCUGCUUCUGCUGCUGCUAUAAGAUGGGUAUCGAAAGAUGGCAUAGGGGCUUUUGGACGUCUUCUAAUUGGUGGACGAUUCGGAACUCUUUUUGAUGAUGACCCAAAGAAGUGGCGGAUGUAUGCCGAUUUCAUUGGAAGUGCUGGAAGCAUCUUCGAGCUCAUCACUCCGCUCUAUCCUGGAUACUUCCUCCCACUUGCGUCCUUGGGGAAUCUAGCAAAGGCUGUAGGAAGAGGAUUUAGGGAUCCAUCCUUCCGUGUUAUCCAAAAUCACUUCGCGGAAUCUGGAAAUUUAGGGGAGGUUGCUGCAAAGGAGGAAGUAUGGGAAGUAGGAGCUCAGUUGUUAGGCCUUUCUAUCGGUGUAUUUAUUAUGGAUACAUCAGGUAUAAAGUCAUCAUACCCAACACUUGCUUUGACAUGGCUUGGUGUCCGUCUUCUACAUCUUUGGUUUCGCUAUCAGUCCCUAUCAGUUCUCAAAUUCCGCACAGUAAACUUGAAACGCGCUCGGAUUCUCGUGAGAUCACACGUUGCAAAGCACACAGUUCCUGAUUAUGUGACUUGCAACGAGGAGGAGAAUAUUUUAACAUGGGAAAGAUUCUUGCAUCCACAAAUUUCUUUUGGUGUUCCCAUGGAGAGAAUGCUUGGUGAAGAGGAAUCCAGUGACGUGGUGGAUAGACUAUUGAAGUUGUACAGAAAUGAGAAAUACAUCCUCUUUCUCAAUCCGAUUGGAACAGGCCGAGCAGCAUUUUUUGUUACAUUCAAGGAGGCUGCAACGAGCAUGUCAGUCCUCAGGAGCCUAUGGCAAGCGCAUUGGCUUGACAAAAAUCAGCUAAGGCAGGAUGAUGUUUUCUCUUGGCUAGAGGAGAGCGUUCUUGCGUUGGAGCACGGAUUCCCUGACUUCCUCAAACAGAUGGAAAUAGCUGGCUGGGAUCAGAACCAGAUCAUACUGAAGGUGCCAAAAGAACCCAUCAUGGUGAUGGAACACCCUGACCAAGAGGUGUAAGAUGACAAUGCCAACUAACUAAUCCAUUCUACUCCCUCCGUGUUUUUUAAAUGUAAAGGCGUAUUGACUUUUGGACAUGGCGUUAGACCAUUCAUCUCAUGCAAAAAUUUAGUGCAAAUAUAAGUCACAACAAAAUAAUUAAUAUUUAUAGAGUUUUUUUAAUAAGACGAAUGGUCAAACAUCAUGUUCCAAAAUCAACUCCAAAAUCAACGAUGUCAUAUAUUUAAAAACCGGGGUAGUAGCAAUUUUGGAGCA